CAUACUACCUCAAUAUCAAUCUCUUUUUUUUUCUUUGGCCGAAACCAAUUCGACAUCUCGACUAGCAUCUCGGAUAAACUAUCGACUGAACGAUUAACGGCACUUCAACAACUCAAUAAAAUACAAAAAACAACUCUCUCUGGAGUACAUCAAUCUCACAAUUGAAAUACCAACUUCAUGCUCAAACGUCCGCUCUCACAUACACCAACGCCAACCAGAUCAACAUUUGAAGAAGCAAGUCAAACGUUGCUUCCGAUCGCAUCUACAGUUUUGACAUCGUUAUUUUGUAAUUCUCUGGUAACAUCACCACUUUUAUCGCCGUCACCUUGUGUCUUUGGUGAACACAAGGUUGACCAAAAAGAUUUAUUUCACCAACAUCCUAUCAAGAGACAAAAAAUCUCUGAGGAAAAUUCAUUCAAAAUGGAUAAUUUUGCAGAGGCAGGACCGUCAAAGCAGCCUUUCUUGCUAAGGGCAGAUGCUCCAGGCUUGCAAAAGAGUUUAUCGACAAAUACAUCAAGCAACAAACCUCGCAAACGUCCUGCCAAGCUUGCACUCAAUCCAAACACACCUUCAAAGCGGAGCGGAGAAGCUUCUCCUGGCAGUCGAUCUGUACCUGCAUCGCCAAUGGUAGGUGAGAACAAGAACGAAGAAGCAAAUCGACAGGGUCCUACAAACGAUCUACGGGAUACACUCUGUGGUGCACCAAGACGGCGGCCAAGCGUACUGUUUAACAAUCGUACUCCUGCGUUACCUCUGCUCGACAUUCCCGCCCGUUCUCAUUCAAUAUCAAAAGAGUCAAGCGUGCCCAAUUCUGGCCCUCCAGCGAUUUGGCAAGAUCCAUCAGAGCAUAUCCUAUCAGGGAAGGGCUCGUCAUUGCAACAUGCACGUUCAGUGUAUGCAUCGGGUCCGAUUGAAGUUUUGCCAGGUCUCUUUUUGGGUGACGAAUUCAACGCUCGGGAUGAACAAGCAUUGGCAAGGCUGGGGAUAUCAACGAUCUUGAAUGUUGCCAAAGAGACAACACUGCCAUGUCAAAGUGAUGAAAGUUCGCACGAUCUUGGUUUCUUGCGUCAAUCUGUUAAUCUAUCGCGCGGAUUGGAGAAAAGGUUGACGUUGAACGAUGAAGCUGCUACGCCUACGUCGUCUCGACCACCGGUGAUGAAUCUAACGCAGAGAAUAGGUGCAGAAGCGAAAAUGACGGACUCGCCUCCAAUGAGUGCAAUCCGUGAAAAGUUUUUCACGCCUGUGACUUCUUUUCCACCCGUUCUCAUGUCUCCAGCACCUCCUCAAAUAUCUCAACAGCCUCCCAGUACCACAUCCUCGAGACCUUCUUCACUUUACCUUCGUAACACUGCCUCAACGCCAAAUCUGAACAUCUGCUUCCAGAAUACACGUAAUGCAAAAGUGUUACCAGGCGCAUAUCGUUCAGGCACGGAUAGCAGUAGCGAUGAAGAAGAGGAAGAGACUGGUGAUGAAGAAACAGAGGAAGGAGGUGAAAGUGCAGCAACGAGCUCAUUGAAUUCACAUCUUUCGACAGCUCCAUCGGAGGGAAUGGAUUCCCUUUCGCCUCAUGAUGAACGAAAGCAAUUCUCACCGUCCGAUUUCAGCGUUACAACGCCAUCAAGCAGUACAUUCUCCCGAAAAUCACCAGCGAUGGCCAAUACGUCAAUCUCUUCUUCUUCUUCAACAAGUGCAUCUUCUAGCGCUGGUAGCUAUACGAUCGCAUUGCCGAAUGAUGCAGUUGCUUUAAGUGUGCCUCCAAGUCCAAAGUCUAAUCGAACAUGGCCAAUUCGGUAUAUCAAAUUACCAUGGACACACGAUGAGACUGAUUUGGCAGGAUUGUCUUCUACGGGCGGCUUUGUGACGGGAUGUGCAAUUAUUGCAGAUGCUCUGGGGAUCGACUUGCGCACAGGAAGGCUAACACCUAGAGUGAUCAACUCCAAAGGAUCAAGCGUUCACGAUCGCAGAAGUGGCGUUUUAGUUCAUUGUCAAUGUGGUGUGAGUAGAAGUGCAACUUUGGUGAUCGCGUUUGUAAUGCAAGCAGCGGCAUACGAAUACGAUUUCGAAAAGACACGAGAUUUGACUGGAAUGCAUGAUUGUUAUGAAAUGGUGAAAGGAUUAUCAUCGAGUAUUUCACCCAAUAUUAGCUUAAUUUAUCAACUUGUUGAAUGGGAACGAUUAUUGUCAAGUCAAGUUGCUAUGCAAAUCGAUCAACAUACCGCUGUUCGACCGGAAGUGGAACGUGCUGAAUUGGAAAGAGAAACGGGAAGUGCACAACAUGAUCAUACCGCUGGACGGAAUUUGACUGGAGUAGCCCAAAUGACUGAACGUAAAUGGGGCAAAGAAGUGAUGGGAGAAGAAGAUUGGAUGAGAAUGCGAGCGGAAGAAGAACGUAAAGAACAAGAAGAAGAAGCGGAAAAAGAGAAGAGAUUGGAAGAGGCUAAAGCCCGUGAAGCAGAAUGGAGAGCAGCACAAGGAUUAAAAGCCCCAUCGGGUAAACUAAGACCGAAGGCAUUGCAAUUGGCUGUUACGCCUCAGAUUUCUGCUGCUUCCAAUAACGGUGUGGGAGGAAGACGUAAAAAGCCUUCACCUUCGCUCACACUUGUUUCGAGCAGUAAGACGAAUGCUGAUCGUGCAUUAGGCUUAUCCGGUGCAAAGACUGCUGUUACACUUCUCGCUCCUACGAGUGAAGAAAAGGAAGAUUCACGUGAAGAUGUUCAAAUGGCCGGACCAGAUGAUCAUGUAAAUGAACCGCAAAACGUUCAACAAUCACGAAAUUCAACAAUCUUUCCUUGGCUUAAAGGUCAACAACAAGCAGCAGCGGCAGGCGAACGAAAUGCACAAUCUGAAUCUUCUUCUCGUGUUAAUUCUCGUCCAGGGAGCGGAUAUGGAGCUUCUUCUUUUGGCGUGAUGGGACAAAGUGCAGCCGAAAGAAGGAUAAAACAUAAACGUACAUUCAGUGCAGAAGUUCCCGAUUGGAAUUCACGUCAAUCGGUUUUAAGCAGAAGUAAAACUCAUGAUGCUGCAAACAGGUUGAGCACUUUGAGCGUUUUGGCUGCUUCUGCUGAAGAUACUCCGCCAAGUACUGCGGCUUUGUGAAACAAUCAAUUAUAGACUUUUUUCAUUUAUUAUCCUCUUAGCAAUUUUUCUCUCUAUCUCUCUCUUUUUGAUUAAGUUUUCGAAUCAAAGACACAAAUGUACAAUAUUUUCUACUCAUUUGGUAUUGCGCAAUUUUAAUAUUUCAAUUUUCCCAAAAAGGC